AUGUCCACAUUCACAAACAGGCAACCUGCCAAAAUUGACGCACAAAUGCAGCUGGGACACGGCGCAGAGCUUAUCCAACGACAGAGGCAACCAUACCGGGAUGGUAGGCCGGCGACACCCAUCUUCAUGAUUCACGAUGGUGGUGGAACGACUUUUGCAUAUCACUGCAUGGAGUUGAUCAACAGGUUCAUCUAUGGCAUACGCAAUCCAUACUUUCACAGUCCAGAGGCGUUUGAGGGAUCUCUCGCAGAUCUCGGAGAGGUAUAUACCGUGUGGAUCCGAACGGCAGUAACGAAGCGAGACUUUCCUAUCCGGAAGUCGAGUGACGGGCGUGUCCAGAUCUACUUGGGCGGAUGGAGUCUUGGCGGCAUGCUCAGCUUAGAGAUCGCUAAGCGUCUCGUUGACGAUGACGACAUCAAAGUCGUUGGUAUUCUCAUGGUUGACACAAUAUAUCCCGGUGGCCUCAAACGGACUACAACAACCGAAUUUUCCAGCAAUGUGUCGGAACUUGGCCUGACAAAGAACGAGAUACUGUCAAGAAGGUGCAUGGCGCAGGCGAGGCGCAUGGUUGGCAGGUGGAAGAUCCCCGUCUGGGAUGGAGAAGAUGCGGAUACGAGGCCGAAGAGCGUGCUUCUGCGAGCCAAGGAGCGACUGCCGACGGCCGCCAGCUCACCUGGAUUUGAUGAAUUGGAUGCAUACCGCGCCGAUAAGAGGCUUGGAUGGGGGCGGUAUGACAAGAAUAUGUUUACUGAGGUAUUUCCUGUUGACGGGCACCAUUUCGACUUGUUUAGUGUUGGCAGGGUCGGAAAAACCACCAAGGCUGUGAAACGGGCAUUGGAGAGGCUGGAUACGCUGGAUGUAGAUCUCAUGUCUAAAGGAUCAAUUGAUGGCUGCGGUGGUAGUAUCAUGGCAUUUCAGAGCCUGCCGGAAUAUAGCGUUAUAGAGUGA